GCUGGCUCCCGGGCCUCCGAGGGUUAAUGGAGAAACCCCACGCCCCUUUUGACGGACUGAGCGCAGCCCACCUCCCCGAAUUUGAAAAGGCGGGUCCGGAGCCCGAUCCCGGCCGCGUGGGCACUCAGAACAGCGUCGGGCAUCUCUGCCUGGAGUCGAGACCCGUGGCCCAGAGGCGCCGAGCCGCUCGUCCUCGUACCCCGCCGGAUCGUCGCCCCCCACUCCCUCCCCAGGUCUCCGAGGCUCCCCAUGUCUCCCCAGUUCAGCGGAGCGGGGCGCCGAGGGGCGAGUCUUUAGUGGGCAGGCUGAUUCGUGCGGGACACCGGCUCCCUGCCCGCGAUGAAGCUGCCCUCUUCCUCCCCUGGGCGUGCUGCCUCUACGGCUGUACUGUGGGCACCGGCUUCCUUUACCCGUACCAGUCCGCAGCCCUGCAGCACAACUACCAGGAGCACGGCCCCGCACCUCCGGGCAGCGGCUACGCGAACCGCCGGAACUGGUGCCAUCAUACCGUGACAAAGAUGGUGUCUUGUCAAGUACAGAAUGGGUCAGAAACAGUGUUCCAGAGGGUGUACCAGAGCUGCCGAUGGCCAGGACCAUGUACUAACCUAGUCAGUUACAGGACCCUGAUCAGACCUACCUACAAAGUGUCUUACCGGACUGUGACGGCUCUGGAGUGGAAAUGCUGCCCUGGGUUUGCUGGAAGUAACUGUGAAGAGGGCCAGUUUUCUGUCCAUUCUCCCCGUGGGCAUCCAUAUCACCUAUGUCCAACAGUAGCAGCCACAAAGAGAAUCAAGAUGUCCCAAUCCCCCAAGACAUACAGUGUGUCAGAAUGCAUGAACUGUACCCGGUUGAACGACAUGAGUGAGAGGCUGUCUGCACUGGAAGUCAAGAUUCUUCUUCUGGAAGCCGCUGGGAGUGUGGCGACUUCAGAAAAUGACAUUACCAAGACAGCCCCGACCUGGAAUAAGGAUUUCUUACCGGAUGCCAUCCCACUGUCUAAUCCUGGGACUAUGAGGAGGAACCCUUCAGGACCAGUCGGAUUUGCCGGACCAAUGGGACCUCCAGGACCCGUGGGCCCCACAGGGCUCCCAGGGCCACCUGGACCAGCAGGAGAAAGGGGCCAGAUGGGGGAGAUGGGCCCCAGGGGGCCACCUGGGCUCCUGGGGCCUCAGGGUCCAAGGGGACUUCCUGGAGAGACUGGGCUCCCUGGGCCUCCUGGGCCUCCAGGCCCUCCUGGCAGCCCUGGUCUUCUGCCUCCACUCCAGCAAGGUGUUUUGUAUUCGCUCCAGCCCACGGGAGAGAAAGGAAAUGGCGACUCCCAGGUGUCUUCUACCAUCAUAGACACCAUCAUGGCGGGGAUCCCUGGGCCUCGGGGCCCCCCUGGCCCACCAGGACCACCUGGACCCUCUGGACCCAAUGGCCCCCCAGGUCCCAUGGGAGCUCCAGGCUCCCAGGGUGAACCUGGUUCAAAAGGAGUAGAAAAGGGAAAAGAGAGUGAGGGGGUACAACAGCUUCGAGAAGCCCUGAAGAUCUUAGCUGAGAGGGUGCUGAUCCUGGAGCACAUGAUUGGAAUUCACGACCCGCUAUCUUCCGCUGAACCAGGCUCUGGACAAGACGGAGCCCCAGGCCCUGCCUCACGAAGCAACAAGAUGAAGGGAGGGGACCCCCUGGCACCCCCCCAGCCCAACGACACCGUAUCUUCCUUGCUGGACAGCCUGGGACCCAGAAGGGACAGUAAUGAGAGCAGCAGCCUGAAAUAGCAGCCUGUCUUCCCCCUGGGCAAACCUGGGCCCCGAUUAAAGAUACAGUAUCUCUCUGUGGACAAAAAUGCUCACUGGGGGUUGGGGAGCAGGGCUGUGGCCGCGCAGGAGGCUCUGCUCACGGCAGCAGGCAGGAGACUGCCCCCCCCCAACAGCGGUCAUCUUCUCCCCCUCUCCUUCCUCCUGGGGGAUUCCAUAAGGGUGUGUUGAGAGCCUCGUCACUGGGCACUCCCAGCCGGGGGGCCCUGUGGGACAGCGGCUUCCCCAGAGCCCCACUAAAAUGAGGUUUCCCCGGUGGUCCGGCUUUCCCUCAGCACCUUUUGAGCAAACCAAGCAGGCAAAAGUAGAAUCUUGUUCACAGUGGCUUGGAGAUAGGAGCCCAGAGCCCUUUCUGGAAAGGCCUGACCUGCCUCCAGUGCCCCCAGGCAUAAGGCUUCAUCUGCCCCUCAGCACACCCGGGACCAACCCUAGACCCAUCCCCAGAAGAAAAGUCCAUUCCUAUAAGCUCUGCUGCCCCUUUCGUCCUCAAUGCCAUGCUCCCUCGUCACCCCAAGUGAAAGAGGAAAACAGAAUAAAACAUUAAGUGCCCAUGUUGUGUGAACAGUGAGAGGGAUGCAGAUGCUCGUGUGAUCCAUCACGCAAGCACGCAUUUGUUAAGCACCGAGAGGGUGCCAGGCCCCGGGCCUCUGCCUCCUUCAUUAGCUCUCCCACCCUGGCUAAAAGUCACACUAACCGCAGCAAGGCCAGAAGUCAGGACAUGGUGAAGAUGGAGGCGCUGAGCUGGGCGGGGCAGGCGCUCUUGGUGUUUUCCCAUUAAUCCGAUUUCUUCUCUUCCAAUGCGACAUCUCAAAGAAUAAACAGGAAUCACCUUGGUUCGUCUCUGUGCCCAACAAAGCCUGUCCAGAAGCCCAUCUUGCAGGAGAUCAACACCUUGGAGGAGCAAGCUUCCAAAACAGAGUUCUUGUUCCCAUGUGAUGGCUGGCCGGAAGUCUGGGGGAAGGGCAGCAGCAGCCGAAGGGAAGUAACCAGCCCAUGAGCAGCGCCCACAUGGCGCCCCUUUACCUCGACCAGUUCCCUUCUAAGGACUCCUUCUCCACUCCCAGACUCGGAUGACCACUUGUUUGUGAGGUUUGAUGGUUGGGUUCUUCCCUAAGGCCUCCAGGGGGGAAAAGCCCAGCUCGUUGAAUCUAACUGAUCUAACAGCUGGGCCUGAAACAUUGCCUCCCAGCUGAAGUCACUCAUUGGACCCCUUUCUAAUCAGAAAGAUGUUACCACCCAUGUGACUUCAAGUCCCUGGAAGCUGGGAGUCCUGAGACAGGAUGAAAGGUGAGUGGAGGACAGAAAUUUGAACCAGAUUACUUACUCCCGGAAUACCAUGCUUAAUUCAGUUCAGCCUACUAAGAUAGUUAAAGUGGUCACGUUCUGUGAGUGAGCAAAGUCCCAUGCCCCAAAGCCCCAAAUUCGAGUUCAUGAGGGUGGCUGGGGUGGGCAGAAAGAGGACAAAGCACCAUCUCCAGAGCCGGCCCUCCCAGCCUGAAGUGCGUCGUCCCCAUCUCCACUAACUCCAUCUUGCCAAGCUGUGAAGUUUGCUUCAUCCCAAACACAGCAUUUCCGACUCCAACAGUUUCCUCAUUGUGUGGUCCUGUAUCUUUAAUUUUGGUGCUGUUAGAAACCAAAUGUUGGUAGGCUUUCUCUGGACCUACCCAAUCACCAGCCUUAGGAUAAUAAUCUGUCCCCCCAAAGUCACUUUCCUAGUUCAAACAGAACUUUCCAGAGCCUUGUAUUGUGUCUCAUCUUACAGAGUCCCAUGGACAGAGGCUAACAGCAGGUACUCCAAAUCUGCCUCUGCUUUAGGCAGCUAAAUGAGAUCCCUAUUGGCUGGACCUUUAAUUGGGGUUCACUGCAUUUCCACGGGGGUUCAUUUAAGGGUCUGUUUCCAUCUCUCCAAUGUCACAUCACCAUGCCAGUGCCCUUCUGCAGCUUUUUGGAUUUUCCAAGAUCACCAGCCUCCCCUCUGCCUUCCUUUUAAAUGACUUUUCAGUUUGGUUUAUCUCACUGAGGGAAAAAUGGAAAAAAAGAAAAAACUCUUUUCUUUGCAUCAAGCUUAGAACUGAGCUGGUUCCAUGCUGGGCUUCCUAGGCUCCAGUAAUGGAAUUCUCAAAUCCCGGUGAGACUGAAAUUAAGUGUGGAACACUUAGGAAAAAGUUAUCACAAUGGAGUCUUCAGAGAAAAAAAGCCAAUUCCAUCUUGGAUGCA